AAGGAAUAUAACAUUCAAAGUAAUGAGACCCACUUCUCCCUUUAUCUACAUAUAUAAAUUUAUAUAAUGGCCAUUUUUCACACAAAUUUCUCAAAAUAAAAAAACUUCUUCUUCUAUUGUUGUGUCUCUCAAAGACAACCAUGACAAAUUUCUUCCUCUCACUGCUGCUAUCACUCUUCUUAUUGUCUCCCAAUGUUGGUGGAAUUGAAUUUGAGACAAAAGAAAACCCAUUUACGGCAAAAGCCUCAUUGAUCCGUUACUGGAAAAAUCAUAUCUCCAACGAUCUUCCCAAGCCUAAUUUCUUUCUCUCCAAGGCCUCACCGCUGGGCCCCACUGACUCAGCGAUUCUCGCCAAACUCGCCGACGAUCCAGACUCGCUCUCCGCCCGAUUCAACUCGUUCUGUUCGUCCGCUCACUUACUCUGCUUCUCAAACGACGACGUUUCGGAGCAGCAAAAAGAUGAUCAAUCCACCUCCCUAGACGACGCCGUUUCAAAGGAUGCCAACUUUGCCACUUACACAAAUAGAAACUUCGCCAACUAUGGCGCCGCCCGACGUGGCGGCGCCGACUCGUUCAAGAACUACUCAGACGAGUUGAACUCGCCCAAUGACUCGUUCCGAAAGUACAGUAAGGAAUCGAACUCUCAUUCCGAACAAUUUGCCAGCUACGCCACCAAUGCCAAUACCGCAACCUCCACCUUCACCGGCUACGCUGCCGAUGCUACUAGCGGUUCCGGUGAGUUUAAGAUCUACCACCAGCAAGUUAACGUUCCCAAUCUACGGUUCAGCUCGUACGAUUCCGGUGCUAACCACCACCGUCUGUCGUUCGGGAGCUACGGUAGCGAGACCAACUCUGGAUCCCAAUCGUUUCUGAGCUACGGCAAGAACGGCAAUGCCGAUCCGAACGAGUUCACCAGCUACGCGGAAGGAGCGAACACUCUCGGGUCAGAUUUCUCUGGAUACGGAGAGAUUGGUAAUGGCGGGAACAAUUCAUUCAAGUCGUACGGACUCAAUGGGAACAAUCCGAAGAGCAACUUCAAGAGCUACGGAACCGGAGGCAAUGCCGGGAUCGACGGGUUCACGAACUACCGAAACGGAGCCAACGUCGGCGCCAACUCGUUCCAGACCUACGCUAGACAUUCAAACUCGGAGAAGGUGACUUUCUCCAAUUACGGGAAAUCGUUCAAUUUAGGAAACGACUCUUUUCGCGACUACGGAAAAGGAUCGUUGGGUCGGACCUCAAUCGGGUUCAAGUCAUAUAGUUUGGGUCGGACUUUCAAGGACUAUACCCGAAACGGCGUAACUUUCGCCGAGUACAAUAAUUUCACCACUGCCACGGAAGCAGGUCACAGUCACAGUGGCAUAUCCGUAAAUAAGAUGGUUGAGCCAGGUAAAUUCUUUAGGGAGUCUUCAUUGAAAGAAGGAAACGUAAUGGCAAUGCCUGAUAUUCGAGACAGAAUGGUUGAAAGGUCUUUUAUGCCCCGCUCUCUAUUAACCAAGCUGCCAUUCUCAACGUCGAGAAUCUCCGAUCUUAAAAGGAUUUUCCACGCGCCUAAUGGCUCCGCCAUGGAAGGCAUAAUGCUCAACGCGCUAGAGGAGUGCGAGCGGGCUCCGAGCCCAGGUGAGACCAAACGGUGCGUUGGCUCCGCCGAAGAUAUGAUAGACUUUGCUGUUUCUGUUUUAGGCCGCAACGUGGUGGUUCGGACCACUGAAAACGUGAAUGGGUCAAAGGGAGAAAUCAUGAUUGGAAAGGUCAGAGGAAUCAACGGUGGAAAAUUAACGAAAUCCGUUUCAUGUCAUCAGACCCUGUACCCCUACUUAUUAUAUUAUUGUCACUCUGUACCUAAAGUAAGAGUCUACGUGGCUGAUAUUCUUGACGUGGCGAGCAAAAAUAUGAUUAAUCGUGGUGUUGCCAUUUGUCAUAUUGACACAUCAUCAUGGGCUCCGGGGCACGGUGCCUUCGUGGCAUUGGGGUCUGGUCCUGGGAAGAUUGAAGUUUGCCAUUGGAUAUUCGAAAAUGACAUGUCGUGGGCAACAGCUGAUUGAGUGGAAUAUAAAAAGAUGGUAUUUUAUUUUUAAAAAAAUUGCUUUUGUGCAACAUUUUUAUUUAUUCAUAACUAUUGUUUUUGUUUAGAAUUUUUUCAGUUCAAUUCAGUUCUAUUUGAACUUUUUUUUUCUUCAAGAUUUCUAAGUUUAUAAUAUACAAUAUGUGAUGAAUGAUCAAAAAAAGAAAAUGCUUCAUAGUUAUUAAUAGUUAUUCUUUGUUGGAGGAGUAAAAA